GCUGAGCUAAUGAUUAUUAAAUAUGGGCCAAAUUUCAGAAAUAUGGAAAAAUUUAAGCUACAAUCAGAUGUGCUUUUUAGCCAUGCUGGUUCCGAUGUUCACAUUCUUUCCAAAGAUCUACACAUAUUCAGAUAGUUUCUCAAGACAGUUGAAGCUUGAACGUCCAGAUUACGACAGUGUCCAGUGGAGCGACCUCAUCCCAAUGCUUCUCGUAGUGCCUUUAUUCACAGUAAUAAAGCGCAUUUGUAAACAUCUAAUGACUCCUUAUUUCGAAGGCAAGCUUUCGAAAAAGUAUAAUGGGAAUGCAUUGAAGUUGAAAGUGUACAAAUCAACCAGGAAUUUCUUCAAAAUCUUUUACUUCACCUUCAUAACUUUGUUCGGAUUCUACGUAUUAAAUGGCACUAAUUAUCAAACAAAAUCUAUGUUCGGCAACGGAGAUAUUCGGUACCUUUACUCAGAUUGGCCUUACCAGGAGAUGCCAAGGCACUUAAAAUUGUAUUAUUUAAUUGGGUUAAGCUAUCAUGCUGAGGAUACGAUUGCUCACUUUUUUCAUCCUAUUCAAAACGACUUUUUCGAAAUGCUUCUGCAUCACUACAUUACACUAAUGCUUGUUCUUGGCUCAUACAUGACCUCCUUUUGGAACAUCGGGCUAAUAGUGAUGAUACAGAUGGACAAUGGAGAUGCUAUUGGGAGUGCUUGCAAAGCAUUCAUGGACUUCGUCCCUGUCCCUGUGGUACUAAUAAACUAUCUCAUGAUCCUGUUCAGCUGGAUAUAUUUCAGAGAUAUCAUAUUCGCUAUUGAAACAUUCUGGCAAGGAUGUCUGUUCGGUCAAGUCUUGAUAAAUGGAGAAACUAGCUUCCAUAUUUAUAGUAUAAUUCUUUUGAUGGGUCUCAUAUUACUAAACUUAUACUGGACAUUCCUUUUCUUCAGAAUGGGAUAUAGAUUCAUCUCAAAGGGAGAAGUAAAAGACCUGCAGAAUCCAAUAGAAGACCUGAAAAACAAAAAAUUGAAGGAAAAGAUUGAGAAUUGUUCUUAAGCAUGUUAUCCUUUGUCAGCAACAAAGUGAUGAAAGAUAAGCUUUUAAUUCUUAUCAAGUGAUUUCCUUUCCUUACCUUCUUGAAAUUCUCCUUAAAAGGAAGCCACACUAAUAGUUCCAUAUUUAUCUAAUAAAAGCUGGCAAAUU